AUGCCUGGACCCGACCACCAGUCAGCUAUAGUCGAAUUCCUCAUCGACAGCACGGUAUUCCCACCCAGAUUUGUUUUCAAUACCAAUCCAGAUACUGAAGAGUCACACUUCCUGGAAAAUGCAGUUGUGUGGGACAUCGUUAUCAAUGCUGUGGUGGAACUGGGAUUCAUGCCCCACCUUGAAGAACUCGACAAACUAUUUUGCGCAGCUGUGGCAGCUGUCAAGUGUGCAUUAAUGGAGCUCAGGUCUGGGAGAUUUGUGGAAAUGGAAUUUACGUGUCAGGCAUUUGGAGACAUCCCUAUUUUGAAUAGAAAGAUAGCCUCAAUCACAUUACAAAUUGAACAGGAGCGAGGAGACCCUCAGCUCAAGGCCAGAAGGAGAUGGGACGUGGGAGUAGAAACUUCCACAAGACCAGAUGGUCUGAAUCCUAGUGUGGGCGGGAGCGAGGAGAUCCUCAGCUCAAGGCCAGAAGGCCGCUACCGCCCAAUGUAG